CGGUCCCACGUGUGUAACAGGAGGAAUCUGGGACUCGUGGGCUUCAGCUGAGCGCCGUGAAUUCACAACUAUAAACAGCACAAAGUUUCAGCUAGCAUCCGAAAAUGUUGUUUUCUAAGGAGGUGCCAUGGCGGCGCUUAGAGGGCAUGUCGUUUGGCUUGUACUCAACCGAAGAAAUAAGGAAGUUGAGUGUGAAAGCCAUCACUAACUUCAGGUUCCUGGAUGCUGUUGGAAAUGUGGCCCAAAACAGUUUGUAUGAUCUGGCUCUGGGGCCAGCAGACAUCAAAGAGGUUUGUUCAACCUGCUGUCAGGAUUUCAAUAACUGCCCAGGACACUUGGGACACAUAGAGCUGCCUCUACCAGUAUACAACCCACUGUUCUUUGAUAAACUCUACCUGCUGAUUCGCGGUUCGUGUCUGGCGUGUCACAUGUUGACGUGUCCUCGAGGCGCCAUCCACCUGCUGGUGAACCAGCUCAGGUUAGUGGACAGUGGAGCCAUGCAGGAGGUCUACCUUGUGGAGAGCAUUCUCAAUCAGCACCUUGACGAGAAUCCCAAAGCUACAGGAGAUGAGAUGGAGCAGGUGCUGAGGGAGUUUACCAACACGAUAGUUGGAGCGAACACCAAAGCUUCACAGAACUCCAAACCUAUUAAACAUCUGGUUGAGAAGAAAAGCAGUCUGAUAAAUGACUUCUGGAGGGUCCAGAUGAAAACAAGGAAGUGUCCUUACUGCAGAGGUGGGAGGUCAACGGUGCGUCGUGAACACAACAGUAAGCUGAUCGUCACCAUGCCAACAGGAGCACAGACUGGUGAAACCACAGAAGAUCUGCUGGCUGGAAACAGAGUCUUCCUGACUGCCAGUACAGCCAGAGAGCACAUCAAUAAAGUCUGGGAGAAAGAAGGUUUCUUCCUGAAGAGCUUGUUUCCUGGGUUGGAGGAGAGCACGGGGUCAGAGGAACAGAAGGAUUUCUAUCCUGACCUCUUCUUCCUCGAGCUGCUGGUGGUCCCCCCUUGCAGGUAUCGUCCGAUCAAUCGACUGGGCGACAAGAUGUUCACCAACGGUCAGACUGUUAACAUGCAGUCUGUGAUGAAGGAUUGUGGAGUCAUCAGAAAACUUCUGGCCCUCAUAGCAGGAGAGAAACAUGCUGAGGAGGAAGAGACAUUGGAGUCAGAAGAUCAGACGUUCUUGUCGGGCGUUACCGGACAGACGUUACCAGAUAAACUCUAUAACAUGUGGAUCCGCCUGCAGAGCCACGUUAACAUCGUUUUUGACAGUGACAUGGACAACCUGAUGACGGACAAAUACCCUGGGAUCAGACAGAUCCUGGAGAAAAAGGAGGGAUUGUUCCGAAAACACAUGAUGGGCAAACGAGUGGAUUUUGCUGCGCGCUCCGUCAUUUGUCCCGACAUGUACAUCGGAACAAACGAGAUUGGAAUACCCAUGGUGUUUGCCACCAAGCUGACCUACCCACAGCCCGUCACUCCAUGGAAUGUGAAGGAGCUUCGGCAGGCCGUUCUCAACGGGCCCAACGUUCACCCCGGCGCCUCAAUGGUGAUAAAUGAAGACGGCAGGAAGACCAUCCUGUCAGCCACCAACCUCACACAAAGGGAGGCAGUUGCCAAGCAACUGCUGACGCCCUCUCCAGGUCCACAUAAGAUGCCCAUGAAGAUCGUGAAUCGUCAUAUAAAGAACGGAGAUGUUCUGCUACUGAACAGACAACCAACCCUGCAUAGACCCUCCAUUCAAGCCCACUGUGCUCGCAUCUUACCAGGAGAGAAGGUACUGAGGCUCCAUUAUGCCAACUGCAAGGCGUACAAUGCUGACUUUGAUGGAGACGAGAUGAACGCUCACUUCCCUCAGAGCGAGCUGGGCCGAGCAGAGGCCUACACAUUAGUCAGCACGAACCAGCAGUACCUCGUCCCCAAGGAUGGUAAACCUUUAGCAGGCCUCAUCCAGGACCACAUGGUGUCAGGAACGAAGAUGACCAUAAGGGGCUGCUUCUUCACCAAAGACCAGUAUACAGAGCUGGUGUACAGAGGACUGACCGACAGAGCAGGCCGGGUCAAGCUGCUGCCUCCCACCAUACUCAAACCACAGCAGCUGUGGACAGGAAAGCAGGUGGUGUCCACUCUGUUGCUGAACAUCAUCCCGGUGAAAGCUGUUCCUCUUAACCUUAUUGGCAAGACAAAAAUCCCCGGCAAGGCGUGGAUCCAGUUCCCCCCUCGUUCUGCUCCUGGAUACAAACCAGAAAGCAUGUGUGAGUCACAGGUGGUGAUCCGUCAGGGUGAGCUGUUAGUCGGUGUUCUGGACAAAGCUCACUACGGCUCCUCAGCCUACGGUUUGGUCCACUGCUGCUAUGAGCUGUACGGAGGGGAGACCAGUGGAAAACUGCUCAGCUGCCUGGCUCGCCUGUUCACGGCAUACCUGCAGCUCUACAGAGGCUUCACCCUGGGAGUAGAAGACAUCCUGGUGACACCUGGAGCCAAUAUGCACAGGACCAAAAUCAUUGAAGAGUCUUUGAAAAUUGGCACCAAGGCCCUCCAGGCUGCCUUCAGACUGCCUCCUAACGUGGAUCCAGCUGAAGCUCGGAGUCGAUGGCAGGACGCUCACCUGAGCCCCGACCAGAGAGACUUCAGCAUGGCCGACCAUAAAUUCAAGGAAGUGGCCAACCAAGUGAACAAUGAAAUUAACAAGGUGUGCAUGCCUGUUGGACUGCACACCCGGUUCCCAGACAACAACCUCCAGCUCAUGGUGCAGUCAGGAGCCAAGGGAUCCACUGUAAACACCAUGCAGAUCUCCUGUCUGCUGGGUCAGAUUGAGCUGGAGGGCCGUAGGCCUCCACUGAUGCCUUCAGGAAAAUUUCUGCCUUGCUUCCAGCCGUAUGACCCUUCACCCGGCGCAGGGGGCUUCGUUUCCGGACGGUUCCUCACAGGAAUUAAGCCACAGGAGUUUUUCUUCCACUGCAUGGCUGGCAGAGAAGGACUGGUGGACACGGCUGUGAAAACAUCCCGAUCAGGAUAUCUGCAGAGAUGCAUCAUAAAGCACCUGGAGGGUUUGGUAGUGCAGUACGAUCUGACCGUCAGGGACAGCGACGGAUCUGUGAUCCAGUUCCUGUACGGGGAAGACGGGUUGGACAUCCCCAAGACCCAGUUUCUGCAGCCAAGACAGUUCCCCUUCAUUGAGGACAACUAUGAGGUCAUCAGGAGGUCUCAGGACCUGGACAAUGUUCUGGCUAAUUUGGACCCUCACACUGCAACUCGGCAUUUUGCAACCAUUCAGCGCUGGAAAGCAAAGAGAGAGAUGGCAUGUGCUCGGAGAGGAGCCUUUUUACUGUUUUCCCAGAAGAAGUUGGCAAAACUAAGAGAGGCCAACCAAACAACAGAGCGAUUUUAUAACCAAGAUCCUGCAUUGCUGCAGUUAGUGGAGGAUUGGCACUCUCUGGAUGAGGCCAUGAAAGCCAAAUACAGCAGAAGAUCGUCCCGCUGCCCUGAGCCCUCCCUGGGCUUGUUUAGACCCGAUGUCUGCUUCGGAUCAGUGUCUGAAAACUUUCACAACAUCACAGAGAAAUACCUUCAGAACAGAAGUAACCAAACGGAGCACUGCAUGGAGACCCAGAGACUGCGCCAGCUGCUCCAUUAUAAGUGGCAGCGUUCCCUGUGUGACCCGGGUGAAGCUGUGGGUCUGCUGGCCGCUCAGUCCAUAGGCGAGCCCUCCACCCAGAUGACCCUCAACACCUUCCACUUUGCUGGCAGAGGAGAGAUGAACGUCACUUUGGGAAUCCCUCGACUGAGAGAGAUCCUGAUGGUGGCCAGUUCCAACAUUAAAACCCCCAUGAUGAGUGUCCCAGUGCUGAACACCAAGAAAGCCUUCAAGAGAGCCAAGACACUGCGGAAGCAACUCACCAGAGUCUGCCUGGCUGAGGUGCUGCAGAAGGUGGACGUGGUUGAGACACUUCGAAUUGAAAGUUAUCAAAAACUGCGAUCUUUUAAAGUCACCUUUCACUUCCUGCCUCCGAAACGUUACCGUGACGACAAGCUGUUAACUCCCCAUCAGAUUCUUCGCUAUAUGGAAACAAGGUUCUUCCGUCUCCUCCUGGAAGCCAUUAAAAAACGCACCGCCAAACUAGCCUCCAUUGCCGUGGAGACAAGAAAAACCACCUCUAGGGAUAAAGACCUGGAUGGGCCUGGGACAGCAGGGUUAGAUGAUGGAGAAGCUGAGGGAGAACAAGAGACUGUGGAUGACCAGGGGGAAGAAGGAGACGCUGAUGCAUCAGACGCCAAGAGAAAGAGCAAACAGGAAGAGGAGGUAGACUAUGAAAGCGAAGAUGAGGAUGAAGGCGAUGAUGCAGGAGAUGAUCAGGGGGAUGAGGAGGCUGAGGAGAACAGCAAGUUAAACACCAUGGAGGAGUCCCAGCCUGAGCUCACAGAAGUUAGUGUGGACACGAGGAAGAAGCGAGCCAAAACGGGGAAAGGAGAAGACUCCUCGUUCCAUAUGAGAGUGAAUUCGGUUCUGUUAUCAAACCCGGCCAUACAGAAAUAUUCCUUCGAUCAGCAGGAAGAACUCUGGUGUGAGGUGGAGCUGAACUUACCUGUGAGCAGCGUGCACUUCGACCUGACCUCGGUCCUGUCGACCCUGGCCCAAAACGCAGUCAUCAUGGAGACCAGGGGUCUGACACGGUGCCUGCUGAGUGAAACCACAACCAUGUCUGGGGAAAAACAGACGGUUCUCAACACAGAGGGCAUCAACAUGCAUGAAAUCUUCAAGUACAGCGAUAUCCUGGACAUCAACAAGCUUUACUCCAAUGAGGUCCAUGCCAUGGCCAGCACCUAUGGGAUUGAGGUGGCUCUGAAAGUCAUAGAGAAGGAGAUCAAAGAUGUCUUUGCAGUCUAUGGUAUCGAGGUUGACCCCAGGCAUCUGUCACUGGUGGCAGAUUACAUGUGUUUUGAAGGCAUCUACAAGCCUUUAAACCGGCACGCCAUCAUGUCAAACUCGUCACCUCUGCAGCAGAUGACCUUCGAGACCAGCUACAAAUUCCUCAAGCAGGCCACCAUGCUGGGGUCACAUGAUCAGCUGGCAUCUCCCUCAGCCUGCUUGGUCGUGGGAAAGGUAGUCAGAGGUGGAACAGGAUUGUUUGACCUGAAACAGCCUCUGCAGUAGGAUAAGAGUCAACUCCUGGAAGCUGCUUGUCUUUUCAUCGUAUCUUGCAGCUGAAUCACUUUCUCUGUGGAAUGCUGACAGGAAUGUGCUUGACGUGUUUCAAUCUGUCCAUUUGUAAGGUGAACAAAUGCUUUGGUAGAAAAUGCCAGGUUUUAUGUGGGGAUUGAUAUAACCAUUAAAGGCUAAAGGAUUUUAGUUUUCUAAGUGUACAUUGUAUGAUACAAUAAAUAAGAGUAAAGUUCCACUUCAUUUGCCAUCAUAAAUAGCAGGACUGUUAGGAAAGCAACCUACACCUUCUUCGUUGAUUGUAUCUAAUAGUAAAAUGUAUAAAGAAAUAAGUAAAUCUACAUUUUUCACCUA